AUGGAAGAAUACUUGCGAAAAAGGUAUCUGCAGAAGGAGCCAAAAAAGGAGAAGCGGAAAAAAAAAAGUAAUGUAAAAAUAUAUGACAGUGAGGAAGAGGACAGAAAAUUUCAUGCACACAUAGGAGAUGAUCCCCCUUCGGAAGAUGACCCUUUCGUGGUGGAGGAAUCAGACGAAAGUUCCGAUGUUCCCAUAGUGGUCACGGGAGAUAAUAACACAGAAAUUGUGAACAUAUCAAAAGAAAGCAAAAAAAAAAUUUUUUUAAGUUUGAAGGGAGAACUCAGUACAGAGAAGUUGAUUGAAGAAACGAAGGAAGAGCCAUGCAGGAGGAGUGUAAAGAAGUUGAGGAAGGGAAAGGACAGAUGCAGUCGGGGAGGAAAAAAAGGAGGAUCUACUAGUGGAAGGAGCGACAAAGGUGAUGAGUCAUCUGGGCGGGAUUCCCAAAGUAGUAACUUUUCCAGGGAUGGAGAUGGGGGAGGGCGUCGCGCAACGGGGGAUAAGGCAAAGGGUGGUAGAUCAGGCAACGCUAGUAGUAGUGAUUCCGAUUUUUCCCCCCCGAGAAGGUUAAGAAGUGGUAAUGGGGGAGGAGGAAGACAUCGUAAUAGUAGUGAGAGUGACUCGGAUUUGUCUCCCCCGAGAAAGUUACGAAGCCGCGCAAGGGGGAAGCGGUCUGAGUCGGGAUCUCUAUCAAGUUCCAAUAUUGACAGUGAAGAUAGUAAGGAUGCACGUGACAAUAGGAAAUUCCCGUCAUCUUCAGAGAAAGGUAAAAAAAUGCAAGUAGGGAGAUCCUCCGAAAAAAACAAAAAUCAAAACAUGGAGUCUACCGUCUAUAGGGACAAAGGAGGGAAAAUAAUCUCGAGGGAGGAAUGGAUCAGCAUACAAAAAAUGGAUAUGAAUACCAAGUAUAGAAGAGGUGGAAAGAAAGGAGUAGAAGAAGAAGACCCAGACGUGGACAAAUCGAAAAAAAAAAACAAAGACGCGAAGGAAAUAGAAUGGGGAAGUGGACUGAUUCAAAAAGAAAUGAGGAAAAAAAUUUUGGAGGAAAAUGAUAAAUUGGUUAAAAAAAAAAAUAUUGUAAAUUAUGAGUUCGACUCAGAUUACGAUGUAGAGUUAAGGAAGGCGAAGAGGAAGGAAGAUCCCAUGAAUAAGUAUUUGGAUCACACGAAGGAGCAACCACAAAAGGCUAUGUGUCGGUAUCAGUCUCCCUAUAACAGGUUCAACAUUCUCGCCGGCUACAGGUGGGAUGGUGUUGUUCGUGGAAAUGGUUUUGAAAAGAGGAGAUUCGAGGCCCUCAAACUGAAACAACAUCGGGACAAAGUGGCCUACCUUAACAAGAUCUCGGAUUUGUGA